AUGUAUGAUUAUAUCAUCAGCAUGGCUAAUGAUGUGUUCAUUGGCUUUACUGACCACACAAAAUUGAACGAGGAAGGUGAGGUGUCCGAGGACACGAGAGGUGAGGUGUCCGAGGACACGAGAGGUGAGGUGUCCGAGGACACGAGAGGUGAGGUGUCCGAGGACACGAGAGGUGAGGUGUCCGAGGACACGAGAGGUGAGGUGUCCGAGGACACGAGAGGUGAGGUGUCCGAGGGCACGAGAGGUGAGGUGUCCGAGGACACGAGAGGAUCACUUCUACAUAGUACAGUAAGUGACAGUGAGGCGAGACAUAAUGGUGGCAGCGAGGCCAGACAUAAUGGUAGCAGUGAGGCCAGGCAUAAUGGUAGCAUUGAGGCCAGACAUAAUGGUGACAGCGAGGCCAGACAUAAUGGUGGCAGCGAGGCCAGACAUAAUGGUAGCAGUGAGGCCAGGCAUAAUGGUAGCAGCGAGGCCAGACAUAAUGGUAGCAGCGAGGCCAGACAUAAUGGUGGCAGCGAGGCCAGACAUAAUGGUAGCAGUGAGGCCAGACAUAAUGGUAGCAGCGAGGCCAGACAUAAUGGUAGCAGCGACGCCAGACAUAAUGGUGGCAGCGACGCCAGACAUAAUGGUAGCAGCGAGGCCAGACAUAAUGGUAGCAGCGACGCCAGACAUAAUGGUGGCAGCGACGCCAGACAUAAUGGUAGCAGACCAUUAACAAUUGGACCUGUUUAUUAUUCUCAGCCUUAA